AUGGAGAAGACUGCAGUGACCUGUGUGUCCUGGCUGCCGCGUGGCAGCUGCAGUGGACGCCUCGUCGGAGCCCAGCAGGAUGAGGAGGAUGAUGAUGCGAUGAGGGAGGCAGCCGACGUGAACAACGCGGUUGCUGGGGGAUCUAUUCCCGGCUUGGAGGAGUUCGAUAUGGAGAACUACGACAACGACGCUGAUGAAGGCAUGCAGUUCUUCUCUGUUCUCGAUGCCGAUGGCGAAUUGGCACGAGAGAAGGACCCACACAUGACCGGAAAUCCAGACUCAGAUUCUGAUUCAGAAGGUGAUGUGGAGAUUCGGCAGGAUGACCAUGUGUUCGUCGCAGCUUCCUGCGAGGAAGACUGCUGCACCCUGGAGCUCUAUGUCUUCGAGGAGGAUGAGGUGAACAUGUAUGUGCACCAUGAAAUUGGCCUUGCAGCUUAUCCGCUGUGCGUGGAGUGGAUGGGACGGACGUCCUCGAGUGACAGCGGCUGCUAUGCUGCUGUGGGUUCGAUUGAUCACUCUAUCCAGCUUUGGAACUUGGAAGAGAUGGACCCUCUGGAACCUGCUCAAGUCCUGGGCGCUGCGCGCAAGCCCGCCAAAGCCAAGGGCAAGGCAAAAAGAAAGAAGAAGCCCUUGGGGCCCAAUGAGGUGAAGGCACACGACGGGCCAGUGCUAUGCUUGCAUGCCAGUGCUUUCAACCCCUCUGUGCUUGCGAGUGGCUCAGCAGAUGAAACGCUCAAGGUGUGGGACGUCACCGAUGGUUCUUGCGCGCAUACUUUCGAGCAUCACUCCGACAAGGUGCAGUGCGUGAGGUGGCAUCCAACCGAGCAAGCCGUGCUUCUCACAGCAGCCUUUGACCGGCAGCUGGGCCUGUUGGAUGUUCGCCAGCCGAAGCAGGCUGCCCUGGCUUCGCUGUCGGGAGAAGCGGAGUGCGCCAUUUGGAGCCGGCACCAGCCUUUCCAGUGUCUCGCGAGCACCGACAGCGGAGGAGUUUGCUGCUACGAUGUGCGGAAGAUCGCCUCCAAGGCCAAGGACCAGGUGCUGUGGACGUUGAUGGCGCAUGACGUGGCUUGCACGAGCAUCCAGGAUGCACCCGCGCCGGGUAUCCUGGUCACCGCGGGCCUGGACGGCCAUGCCAAGGUGUGGAACAUCGCAGGCUCUGGCCCGCAAAUGGUUCUGAGCAAGAACUUGCACGCGGGCCCGAUUUUCACCUGCCAGAGCAAUCCGGACAUGCCGGGCCUCAUGUGUUUCGGUGGGAAAUGCCCAGUGAUGUGGGAUCUAUCCAGCGAGCAGAUCCUCCUCGAUGUGUUCAAGUUGGAGUCCAAAUAA